AUGGGGAGUAGUAUCACCCUCCUCUCCCUCUCUGUAAAUUAUGAACCGUAUCACAGGGGAGUGAACAUCCCCCGCGACAUGGGGAGUUAUAUCACCCUCCUCCCCCCGCCCCCGGAUACUAGGAACCAUAUCACAGGGGGUUGUACACACCCUGCGAUAUGGGGAGAACAAUAUCAAGGGGGGAAGUGUACACCCCCAGUGAUAUUUGGAGUAAUGUUGUGCUAUCCUUUUCUGGAUAUUAGCAGCAAUAUCACAAGGGGAGUGUACAACACCUGCGAUAUUUAUGGAGGACAGGCAAGGGUGCAGGUUUUUGAGAAUGCGUCAGUAAGGACCACUAAAUCUGACCUUCCUCAGUCCUCCAUGUGGUCUGGGAGGAAAACUAGUAUUUCUGCUGCUGUGUCGUUGAAAUGCAUCCUAAGCCAUUGGGACCAAUUUGACGCACAAACCCUGAAAAAGAGGCUGCUCAUUUUUUUCUGCACUAUGGCUUGGCCCCAAUAUUCUCUCUCUGAUGGGGAAAAAUGGCCACCUGAGGGAAGUACAAAUUACAAUACUAUCCUGAAGCUUGAUCUUUACUGUAAGAGGGAAGGCAAAUGGAGUGAAAUACCUUAUGUCCAAGCUUUCUUCUCAUUGAGGGAGAAUACACAACUAUGCAAAGCUUGCAAUUUACAUCCCACAGGAGGACCUCUCAGCUUACCCCCAUAUCCUAGUCUCCCUAUAGCUCCCCUUCCUAUUAAUGAUAAUCCUUCUCUAAUCUCCCCUGCCCAGAAGGAAAUAAGCAAAGAAAUCUCCAAAGGUCCACAAAACCCCCCGGGCUAUCGGUUAUGUCCCUUUCAAGCUGUAGGGGCAGGGGAAUUUGGCCCAACCCAGGUACAUGUCCCCUUCUCCCUCUCUGAUUUAAAGCAGAUCAAGGCAGACCUGGGGAAGUUUUCAGAUGAUCCUGAUAGAUACAUAGAUGUCCUACAAGGUCUAGGGCAAACCUUUGACCUCGCUUGGAGAGAUGUCAUGCUACUGUUAGAUCAAACCCUGGCCUUUUAUGAAAAGAAUGCGGCUUUAGCUGCAGCCCGAGAGUUUGGAGAUAUCUGGUAUCUUAGUCAAGUAAAUGAUAGAAUGACAGCCGAAGAAAGGGACAAAUUCCCUACUGGUCAGCAAGCCAUCCCCAGUAUGAAUCCCCACUGGGACCUUGACACAGAUCAUGGGGAUUGGAGUCAUAAACAUCUGUUGACCUGUGUUCUAGAAGGACUAAGGAGAAUUAGAAAAAAGCCCAUGAAUUAUUCAAUGAUGUCCACCAUAACUCAGGGAAAGGAAGAAAAUCCUUCUGCCUUCCUCGAGCGGCUACGAGAGGCCUUAAGAAAAUAUACUCCCCUGUCACCCGAAUCACUCGAGGGUCAAUUGAUUCUAAAAGAUAAGUUUAUUACCCAAUCAGCCGCAGAUAUCAGGAGAAAGCUCCAAAAGCAAGCCCUGGGCCCUGAACAAAAUCUAGAGGCAUUAUUAAACCUGGCAACCUUGGUGUUCUAUAAUAGGGACCAAGAGGAACAGGCCCAAAAGGAAAAGCGAGAUCAGAGAAAGGCUGCAGCCUUAGUCAUGGCCCUCAGACAAACAAACCUUGGUGGUUCAGAGAGGACAGAAAAUGGAGCAGACCAAUCACCUGGUAGGGCUUGUUAUCAGUGUGGUUUACUAGGACACUUUAAAAAAGAUUGUCCAAUGAGAAACAAGCUGCCCCCUCGUCCAUACAGCGAGAUAGCCAGGCCCCUCUAUACUCUAAUCAAGGAAACCCAGAGGGCAAAUACUCAUCUAGUAGAAUGGGAACCAGAGGCAGAAACAGCCUUCAAAGCCUUAAAGCAGGCCCUAGUACAAGCUCCAGCUUUAAGCCUUCCCACAGGACAGAACUUCUCUUUAUACGUCACAGAGAGAGCUGGGAUAGCUCUUGGAGUCCUUACUCAGACUCGUGGGACAACCCCACAACCAGUGGCAUACCUAAGUAAGGAAAUUGAUAUAGUAGCAAAGGGCUGGCAUCACUGUUUAAGGGUAGUUGCAGCAGUGGCUGUCUUAGUGUCAGAGGCCAGCAAAAUAAUACAAGGAAAGGGUCUCACUGUCUGGACUACUCAUGAUGUAAAUGGCAUACUAGGUGCCAAAGGAAGUUUAUGGCUAUCAGACAACUGCCUACUUAGAUACCAGGCACUACUCCUUGAGGGACUGGUGCUUCAAAUACACAUGUGCGUGGCCCUCAACCCUGCCACUUUUCUCCCAGAGGAUGGGGAACCAAUCGAGCAUGACUGCCAACAAAUUAUAGUCCAGACUUAUGCCACCCGAGAUGAUCUCUUAGAUGUCCCCUUAACUAUUCCUGACCUUAACCUAUAUACCGAUGGAAGUUCAGUUGUGGAGAAUGGGAUACAAAGGGCAGGUUACGCCAUAGUUAGUGAUGUAACCAUACUUGAAAGUAAGCCUCUUGCCCCAGUGACCAGGGCCCAGUUAGCAGAACUAGUGGCACUUACCUGA